AUGUCUUUAUAGCAUAGGCACGCUUUUAGCAUGCCUCAUUAUCAAUAUUUAUUAAUAAAUCAACCAAUAAUAAAUGAGCAGAUAGCCACAUAAAAAGAUCAUUAGUAUUAUAGAAGAAAAAAUACGUGAAGUUCUAGCAAAUUAUUCAUGCACAUACUGCGGUCAUUCAUUAACUAGUAGCCAAAAUAGAAGAUCCUUAAGCCUGCAAGCCACGCCAACCGGAAAAGCUGAGCAAGGCGUACAAGUCGAGACCCCAAUAAUUAGGGGAAAAUUAAAAAAAGAAACCUUGCUACAGAAAAAGGGAAAAGAUUCUGUAAAAAUUGAGCACCCACAAGGAGAUUUAGACAACAAAACUGCAAGGUCUGCGACGGAAUCUGCAAUUGAGCCUAAAGUUCAAUCAACAGCUUCACAGUCUUCGAUUUCAGGAAUCGUGAUCCCGAUAAGUGUAGGAAAUACAGUAAUUUCGCAUGGAAAUACCCCAAGGAACUAUAAGAAUGCUUUAAAAAACAGCAAAUGACUGAUAAGUGCUAAUAGCUCAGCUAAUACAUCAGAAAAAGUAUUCAUCGAAAAAGAUGCUGCAAAGGAUUCAAAAAUGCCAGGAAAAAAGACAUUAAGCUCUAAAUCAAAAUCUACAAAUUACAUAAAAACACCUAUAAAACAGAGCUUGUGAAAUUCUAUUGCCAUGAUUAAUAAUUGCAUAUUUAAUAGUAAAAAAUUGAUAAAAAAUCAUAUUUACAGAAAAAAAUAUAAAAAAAUUGUGAUUUCCAAGUCAAAUGCAUCAUCUCCAAGAGCGUCAAAAGAAGUUUUUAAAAAUGAGAGGUCGCCCAAGUUUAUCGAUCUGAAAAUUCAAGAUUUAUUUUCUGAAAUUGAUAAAACUGAUGAAGAAAACAACUGAAUCGACAUUAUAGAAAACUCCAAGCCAAAAACAUCGAAAUCUCAAAAAAUCGAUAUAAAGGCUGGGAAUAGGGUCAAAAAAGAAUUUUCUUAUAAAACUAAACGAGAGCCGAUAGUAAUAAAAGCACAAAUAUUAAAAGGGUCAAACCCCAGCUUUAUCGUUACUUCACCUAUUAACAAUAGAGUGCCUCUAAAAUCCAAGCCACAGAAGUUAGAUUUGAGCAAGCCAACUUUAAAUGAUCUAUUAGACCUUGUGUAA